AUGGACUUGUACAGAUUUCCCUUUGAUACACAAACCUGCUACCUAAAUCUUCGAUCUUUAUUACUUGAAGAUAAAAUAGUAUUGGGAGCGUGGCCCGAAGUAUACUUACAGUCACUUCAGAUCCCAGGAGAGUGGCAACUUCUACAAGUAACAUCACAGUUCAUUGGAGAUGAUUUCUAUGGACAUGUAUUAUAUCAGAUCACCAUAAAGAGGAGACCUCUUCUGUAUAUAAUCAACUUAAUUUUUCCAGUAUUUUGUUUCCUUGUGCUGGAUGUGGCAUCCUUUUUCAUAAAUGCAUCUGGAGGAGACAAGUUGAGUUUUAAAGUGACUUUACUGCUGUCCCUUUCCGUGUUACUGCAGAUUCUUAAUGACAGACUGGCAGCUUCUGUCAGUGAAAUCCCAUUAAUUGGGAUUUACUCAUGUUCAAUUUUUGUACUUAUUGGCUUAAGCAUUCUGGAGACCAUCUUUGUGAAUAUUCUGAUUGUUAAAGGAAAAGAGACCGAAUCAGCAAUAUCAAUGGAAACCACAGGUGUUGUAAGUGGUCAAGAUGGACACAGCACCGACAGUUUCGCCUUGCGUGGUGUAAGAGACCAUAUGGACACAGAUACCAGUGGAAAUGAAGACUCAACAUGUACCAGUGACACUGAAAAGAGGGCCUCACUGUGCUGGACCAGAGCAGCAAAAAUAAUAGAUGUGACCUAUUUUGUUCUUUACUUAAUCACUGUUAUUGUGCUUAUGUCCAUUCUUGGCAAACGUUGGUUUCUGUUGUAAUAACUCUUACAUAUGAGAUGGCAUGCAAUACUAAAUUUUAUUUGUAUGAAUUUGUUUUCAUGUUGUUUGUGGUGAGUUUAAAACGUUGUUUAUUACAAAGUUUUCUGUUGUCAAUUAUUGUUUUUCUCCUGUAAACAACAGAAAUGCAUGGUUUAAUGUUUAAGAGAAUUUGUCCUUUUCUUUGGCAUAUAGUAGUAUCCAGUAAAGCAUUUGGUAUUAAGUUUUAGACAAUACAAAAUCAUAUUUAUUCUUUUUUGUUUGUGGUGGUGAAAUUGGACAAUUAUUAAAUGUUAUGUUAUAUUAUUACAAUCAGCUUUAAAACGAUCUGUAUAAUGUCAUGCAUUCUGUAUGUCAUAAUUUGCAUGUUUUUAUUAUUUUUCUCCCUGUUUCAUAUUUUCCUUCUGUCUCUAGUGUUUUUUCUGCAAUGUAUUUUAGCAUUUUCAAAUGGCUGAUGACAAAUUUAAGAUCAGAAAAAGGUAGGGGUAAGAUUAAACAUCAAAAGCAAAGAAAACCAAAGGUAGGUCUUCAAAAAGGAUUUAAAAAUUGACAAGGAAAGAGCCAGUCUGAUCUCCAAGGGCAGGGUGUUCCAAAGUAUAGGACCAGCCACUGCAAAAGCAUUUUCACCUCUACGUUUUAGUUUGCUGUGAUGGAUCCUAUCUUAGAUCCUCACGUGCAGAACGUUUUUAUUAUUGUGUUUUGUUUAUUCCAAAUCAUUUAUUUACAUAAUCAUCAUACUCACAUUAUAAUUAUUAGUUAUCCAUAUAAUUGUUUAUUUGAUUAUUCCAUAGUAUUUUUAUUAUAAUCAAUUUCAUUAUUAUAAUUUUAUCAUUAUAUUAUUGUUUAUUCAUGUAUUCAUUCAUUCAUUAUAUUUCUAUGUUUUAUAUAUAUUAUUAUAUUCAUUAUUGUCCCACAUUUAUGAAGUUUCAUGAGCUGUCCUGUCUGUGUAAACAGAGAUAGAUAAAGAGAAUGUUUAUGGAAGUUCAAGGUUUAUGGGAUGUUGCUAUUAAGCAGUUUUGGUAUAACAGGGCAUGUUGAAUUCAUGCU